UGGAUAGCAACAGGAGGAUUGUGACAUUUCAUUACAGUGGUAUCCCUGUUUCCCAGCAUGCAUCAGUUUCAGGACAGCAUAUUUAGCAGCUGGGACUGCUCUACAUCUGAGACACUGGGCUGCUGUUUCUAACACCUCUGCAGGGAAUAAACAAGGUGGAGAUGGAGGACUUCUGGACCCUGGCCCUUUGGUCCCUAAGGAUCUGGCUCUACCUCAUCGUCGGCCUCAUCAUGAUCCCAGCCAUGUUCGGCUUCUCGCUGGGCAUCUCCGAGACCUACAUGACCGUCCUGGUGAAAACCUUGGAGUGGGCCACUCUGAAGAUACAGAAAGUGUACGCAGACGAACGAACACUCAAAGCCUCUGCAUCUAAUGGCCUCAUCCAGAGGGAAGAUGGCUCCAUGGAGAAAGAGUUGGAGGAACUCAGACGCAGUCGCCCCAAACCACUAGUGGGCGGUGAUUUCACACUUAGUGACUGUUUCUAUUUCAGCCGCAGAGGAAUUGAGAGCAUCGUAGAGGACGAGGUGACGCAGCGGUUCAGCUCAGAGGAGCUGGUGUUGUGGAACUUGCUGACUCGCACCAACACCGACUUCCAGUACAUCAGCCUGAGGCUGACGCUGGUCUACGGCCUCGGCAUCUUUGUGAGAUACUGCAUCCUCACCCCGCUCAGGAUAACUCUGGUCUGCAUUGGCCUCACCUGGUUGGUCAUAGGAACAUCUGCAGUUGGAUUACUCCCAAACUGGAGGAUAAAGUCCUGGCUCAGUGAAUGGGUCCACGUGAUGUGCUACAGGAUCUGCGCCCGAGGACUCUCCGCCACCAUCCGCUACCACAACAGGGAAAACAAACCCCAGAAGGGAGGGAUCUGUGUCGCCAACCACACCAGUCCCAUUGACAUAGUGAUUCUCUGCAACGAUGGAUGUUAUGCUAUGGUGGGGCAGGUCCACGGAGGUUUGAUGGGAGUCCUCCAGAGGGCCAUGGUGAGGUCGUGUCCUCACGUCUGGUUCGAGAGAGCAGAGAUGAAAGAUCGCCACCUAGUGACCAAAAGGUUGACGGAUCAUGUGAACGACAAGACAAAGCUCCCCAUUUUGAUAUUUCCAGAGGGAACCUGUGUCAACAAUACCUCCGUCAUGAUGUUCAAAAAGGGAAGUUUUGAAAUCGGAGCGACGAUAUAUCCAGUGGCCAUUAAGUAUGACCCAAAGUUCGGAGACGCUUUCUGGAACAGUUCCAAGUAUAGCAUGGUCAGCUACCUGCUGAGGAUGAUGACCAGCUGGGCCCUCGUCUGCAACGUCUGGUACCUGCCAGCCAUGCACCAACAGGAGGGGGAAGAUGCUGUCCAGUUUGCCAACAGGGUGAAGUCUGCUAUCGCUCACCGGGGAGGCCUGCUGGAUCUACAGUGGGAUGGAGGCCUGAAGAGAGCAAAGGUGAAGGAGUCGUUUAAGGAGGAGCAGCAGAAGCAGUACAGCAGCAUGGUGGUGGGAGACGACAGCAGCAACAGUGACUGAGACAAACCCCCGCCCUGUGGAGGACACACACACGGACUGGAAACAGGCCUCUCUCUCUCUCUCUCUCUCUCUCUCUCUCUCUCUCUCUCUCUCUCUCUCCCUCUCUCCCUCCACUGGUUCUGAUCUCGUUAGCUGGGCCUGACGCCGCUAAGUGAACUUUUAAGAACACUGUGAAACCUCAGGUACACAGCCAAAAAAAGGGGGGAAGAGAUUCACAGAAAGCUGAAAAGUGCAAUAUUGAACUUUAGGAGGAGCCGACCGUGAAAAACGGGGGAAGGCUCCAUGUUUUUAUGCUGCUGAAGAAACCGCAGCAGUUUGUUGUGAUUGAAUGUUAACGCUCGGAAUGAGUGAAUGAAGCCUAUUGACUUCAUUUCUGUGCAGUUAAUAAUUGUUUAGUUUUUUUAAGGUACAUUUUAAUUUACAACUUCCAGUACCCGUCGUGUGAUUAUGCAGAUGCAGAAAAGAACCUGGACGUAUUUUGUAGGUGCACUGUUUUAUAGCAUAAUAUAAUUGAUGUAAGAUACUGAGAUAACUGGGAUUUUCGUACUGUAACACAAUUAACACUGAUGAGCACCCACAUGACCUAGUUUUCACUGUUUGAACAAUUUUCUGUUAUUGAAUUUCACACUGAUAGACAUGAUAUACACCCUUUUUUUUCACACAACUGUUGAUGUAAAGCACCGACACAAGAGACACAAGGGUUUGGCACUUAAAUAAUACACGAGAAAGUCGAGUGUGCAAGAUAGUUCAUUGAAUGUCCACAGGAGACGUGAUGUCUCUCUUAAAGGAGAACACACAGCCGAGACUUUUUGGAUCUCUCCUCACUGAGCGGUUCUCCUGAAGUUUGAUCCUCACUGCUGCCAUCUUUCUGUGGGCUCCCCUCUUUGACUCCUUUUAAGCGAAAAAAAAAAAUCACUCACUGUAACUGUGUGAAUGUUGGCGCAAUGAUGAUAUUUCUUCUUUUUUUUUCAAAAUUAUCAGCAUCCUCACCCUCACUCUCAUCAUUGCUUGGAUCUGUCUUUUCCUGGGUGCCCUGCGUAAAAAUCAAAGCCACUUCGAUCACAUGAUCAACCGUCACAUUGUGUCCCACGGCCUCUUAUCCAACUUGAUGACAGUACUCACCUGAAAAAAAUUGCUUUUGUUUUUCUUUCUCUCUUGGAGUUCCUGAUAUCUGCAACGACGACAAUACGUUUACAUGUGAUCGCCAAGAAAACUCAGUCUAAUUUAUUUACAGAAGCCAGUACGUCUUUGAAAUGUGACUUCUCUGCCUCCUCCUUUCAAUGAACCAGUCAGGAGAAACAAAAGGGCAUGGAGAAAUAUAUUUAUGAGCCUGAUCAGUGCCUCACAUCUGUGUAUCGAGUUUCUGUGCGCUCGGGCCGGCAGUGUUUUAAUGAAAUGCUUUUAUUUCUUUGCAGUAAAAGUCAAUAAAGCUGCUCUGUGGCAAAUCUUCUGUGGUUUGACCUCA